AUGUCUACUGCCUCGAAAGUAACACUAGCAGUGUCCUGUUUAUUCGCUGUCGGCUCCUUUGUUGGGAUCAACUACUUGCAGAAAGCCGAGCAAGCUGCAAUUAGACAAGGUCCAAUCAAAGAUGCUGCCCGUAUAGCACAAAAGGAAAAGACAAGAAAGCAAAUACUUAAUGAACAAGAACAGAAAAUGCAAUUAGAGCUAAAGGAAAAGUUCGAAAAAUUACAACCCUUGAAGGAAGAGAUCAUCACUGGUGUAGACAAGAACUGA